AUGCGCUUCGAGUACUCUAGCUUGGCACUUUUUGCCGGGAUUUCUUGGGCAGCUUCUUUGCCAAACACUACAAGCUUCGAGCGGGAGACGCGCAGCCUCGAUGAAAUCUACCAGGCAGCUUUGGCAGAAGGUGGUGUUGUCACUCUUUGGCAUGGCGGCGAUGAGAAGACUCAGCAGAACAGUCUGAAAAGUGCUUUUGAGGCACGGUUCCCUAACAUGACACUCAAUGUCACCGUCGACCUGUCGAAGUACCAUGAUGUCAACCUUGACGCACAACUGGCUGCGGACAAUGUUUACGUCGACAGCAUCAUCCUGCAGACGCUUCACGACUACCCACGAUGGAAGAAGCAGGGCGCUUUGAUGAACUACGCUCCAUUGAACUUCGACAAGAUCUAUUCUGUGUUCAAGGACGCCGAAGCGGCUUACAGUGGACUGCUUAUCUUUGACUGGGGCAUUUCUGCCAACAUGAACAAGACAAGCACGAUGCCGACUUCGUACCAAGACUUCACGAAGCCUGAGUACAAGGACAAGAUCGUUCUGACCUACCCCAACGACGAUGAUGCCGUCUUGUACCAGUUCGAACUGAUUAUCGAAGAGCUCGGUGAGGAAUGGUUCGACGCCCUACUCGCCAACAACCCCCGCUGGGUACGUGGUACGGCGACUCCCGGCACGCUCAUCAAGGCUGCCAACAGCAGCAGCGCGGUGACCUUUAGCUCCGGUUUCUCAUUCGCAGACCGACCACCAGUCAAGUACGCGCUCCCCAGCGACGCGAAAUUCGUCUCUUGGGCUCAGACCGGCGCCAUCUUGAAGAAAGCCCCCCACCCUGAAGGCGCAAAACUGCUCCAUAGCUUCAUGCUCAACGACGAGAACCAAUCUAGCCGUGGCUGGAGCGUCCGUGAGGACAUCGCAGCACCAGAAGGUGCCGAGACGAUCCUGCAGCAGCCCGGUACAGACGCGCCUGCGUUUGCUGAGUUCAUGGCAGACCGUGGUCAUGUUGAGAGGCGGAGGGACUUUUAUGAAGUUAGGAUUGGUACCGCACAGGGCCUUAGUCCGCUCAUUGACGACUUGCUCUUCAACAACCCCGCGCUUUCCGACGUCAAGAUCAAGCAAAUACACAAGGGCCAGACGCGCGAAUACUAUGCGCAUAAGGCAGUGCUAUGUCUAGAGUCGAAGUACUUUCUCAACGCCUUCACCGGUCACUUCAAGGAAGCAACAGAAAGCGUUAUGGAACUGCACGAAGACAAUCCCGAGCACUUUGAGUUCUUUCUCAAGUUCAUCUACACCAGCGAGUACGACAAACACGAGAUCGCGAAGCUCGCAGGCGACGACAAGAUCAAACGGGUUCUUGUUCCAAUCGGCGUGCGCGCCAUCGCUGACAAAUAUGACGUCGCGAAGCUCUACGAGCCAGCUGCGGAAGACGUGAAGGCUGUACUCGUGGAAGCUGCCAAAGACAAAGAGAUGCUUAUCACUGCAAUCCACGCUCACUACGGUACCGAGGUCAAUGUUGAUGGGGCUAUGGGACGUCUCAUAACUUCCGUGGUCUUCGAAAAGCACCAAGACCUUGUCCGGACGAAAGAUUUCGAACAGUUGCUGCUUGCGCAUCCCACCUUCGCCGCAGACGUUGCGCUAAACUUACAGCGUAACGCACUAUCUGGAUUAACAGCUGGUUGGUGUAUCGGCUGCCAGGCCAAUCAGAACAUUGACGCAGCCGGUAUGCGCAAGGCGGGUUGCACAUACUUCUAUUGCCCGAAUUGCAGCAGGCAAUGCCCUCUUCCAGCUGUCGGUUAA